AUGAUGGUGAAUAAGAUGAAACAAGUGUCGAAUGCGAUAGCUUCUACUGGUGAUCGUUUGUUAAUUGUACCAAUCGGAGCAUUCGGAUCGUAUUGUCAUGGUACUGUGCGUACUUGUGGAAAUCCAGAUGAAAUAAUUAGUGAAAUUCGUCAUCGUGCUUGUCGAAUACUUCAUGGUAGUUACAGUUGGUUAGCUACAGCUAUUGCAAAGACACUUUCACUUGGACAAUCGACACCUAUUCAACAUGAAUGGAUUGAAAUAAAAACUGAUGCUCAUUAUUAUAUUGUACAAAUUUGGAUGUGUGGAAAUGUUCUGAUGGAACAAAGAACCUCUCAGAAAGAAGUCGAUUUUGCUGGUCUAAAAUGUGCAAAUAAAACCAAUGAUUCUCAUGUUUGGACUAUCGAUACUCAUUCGGUAUCAAUAUCACUGGGAGCUGUUAUUGAUUGGCUUCAUAGUCAAGAAUUUUCACCCACCUAUCAUUGGUCACAACAUAAUUGUCAACACUUUUCAGAAGAAUUAGAAGAAGAAUUAGGUGUGCCAACAGCUGAUUCUGAUGAUAAUAAAGAAAGUGCAACUGUUGAUGAUAUUAAAGAAAAUGCAUUCAGAAAUAUUGAUGGACUAGAUGAUAAUUUACAAUCUAAUCAACAAUUAGAUAUGAAAACUGAUCUAAGCGUGAACGGGUUAAAUGAUCGAAUUAAAAGGACAAAUGAAAUAUAUGAAACUGCGAAAGAAGGUCAAAAACGUCAAGCUGAUGAAUUUCUACAAAUUGCAUCUAAAAAACAAAAAUUAAUUAAUUUAAACGUUGGUGACAAUGUUCUGGUAUCAAUUGCCGAAAUUGACCGUGGUCCCACUGGUCUUCGAAAUGUUUUGGCUCUUAUUAUAGAACUUAAAUAUGACAAGUACAAAUUAGGUACCGAAGAAGGUGUUCUUGCUGGUUACUAUAGCUUUCAUCAGAUAUCGAAAGCACCAAGAGCAGCAACUUUAUUGGUAUCACAUGUUACUCAAUGUGAACCAAAGUCAUUAAGAGAAAUAGUCAAACUCCAAAGCAUAACUGGCUGUCAAGGUUUAUUAAAAUGUUCUUGUAAAGGACGAUCCUCCAUACAACAAAUUCCAGCAUUCAACCAACAGAUUUUCAAAACAACAACAACAACUGCAACGACAACAACAAAAUGUCUACAACUCCAUCGAAAAAUCAUUCAACAAUGGGAACAAAAAAAACCUGUUGACGAUGUUGGAUUUAAACAAAGUGCAAGAUUUCCUCCAUAUACAAUAAUUUUCAAGAAACCACAACAAAAUGAACAAGUCACUGAUUGUAAAUUAAUUGAACAUCUUAUCUUGGAAUGGAAAAAAUAA